UUCAAAUGGCAGACAUCAGACAGUGCCUUCUGCCACAAAAACCUGCAAAACUUAAAGACCUACCUUAUCGAGCUUCUGCUUCUGAGCAUCACCUUUUCAAGGAGCCUCAAAAAGCGUGGACAAGGUCUUCGUGCAUGGAUCCGUGUUGAUACAUCUGGGAACUCCCAAGUUCUUGAAGUUGAUAAGUUUACAAUUAUGCGUCGUUGUGACCUUCCUGCACGUGAUCUACGCCUGCUUGAUCCCUUAUUUGUAUAUCCAUCAACUAUCCUUGGAAGAGAGAAGGCCAUAGUUGUGAAUCUAGAACAGAUUCGAUGUAUCAUUACAGCUGAUGAGCUACAACGAAGAUUGAGAACUGCAGGUGUUGGUGAAGACUGGAAAGCAGAAGGUAUUGACUUCAACAGAAGGACAGCAACUAGGAAUUUUGAUAACAUGUUUGCAAGCACAUCACCUGAUUACUUGCCCUUUGAGUUUAGGGCCCUUGAAGUUGCUCUUGAGGCUGCUUGUACAUUUCUUGAUUCUCAGGUACUUUGGAUUUUGGAUCUCAUGAAUUUUGACUCUCUUCAUCCUGCCAAAUGGAAGCCAUGGGAAGUGGGAAUUGGGAACCAUCAG